CCGAUGUUUAGCUGAUGUUUCAAACUUGGCCAACGUGAUGUGUUUGUUAGUUUUUGUAAAGGCUGUUUUAGGUUGAUAUGACAAUCUAAUUUUUGAAGUUUGCUUCUAGGUUUUAUGUUUUAACUACUGCCUGUUACUUCGACUCAUUUAAAAGUCUUGAAAAGACGUUUUUGUUAAAUAAAAUGAGUGACAGUGAAAUGGACGGUGCAGAGGCUGUAUGGACCACCGCAGACCUCCUGAAGCUUGUUGGCCGUAUUAGGAGCAACACCCCAAAAAGUGAGAAAACGACGAGUUAUCAGAUGGGACUGUUGUCUGUGAACUGGGACAGAACAGCAUUUCCUCCCUAUUCUGCAAAGGAAUGCCACGACAAGUGGCAAAAGGUGAUCAAAAAGAUGCGCAAAUUUCGGAGCCUGUCGGACCUCGUUGCCGAAGCUGAAGUGGUGGUUUCCAAGCCUCUCCUCCACAGAUGGACCCACCCACACUUCCCAAAAUUCCCCGGUCCUCCAAAAAUAAACCACCUGCAGAAGAACUUUUCCAGGUUAAAAAACAAACACCCAGAGCUGUCGAUGACAGAGAUUGUGUUGAUGGCACACAAGAAGUACGAUGAGCUACCAGAUGAAAAGAAGGAUGAAUAUAAAAAGAGGUGUGCCGAUAGACGUAUGAAGUAUUGGAAAGAGUUCAACAGUUUUUGUAAAGACAACAAUCUACCUGGUACUCGAAAAUCUAGACAGGAAAAACUCUCUGCAAUUGAUGGCCUGCCUGUGAAGCCACCCCUACGUGGUGAGUUUCUGUUCAUCAAGGAGAAUGCUGCAGAAAGCCAACCUUCAUUGGGUUCAGAUUUCUUCAGUGAAAUGAAGAAAUGCUGGAAAAAACUGAGUGCUGCAGAGAAGCAUGAGUAUUACACACGCUGUCUAAAGAUGAAGCAUGAGUAUAAUGCCAAGCUGAAGGAAUAUUUAGAUCGCUUUGAUGAGACAGAGAAGCAGCGAUUCAUUGAAGAAAAUGAUAUCAGAUUCCUGAAGGCGAAGCCUGGGUAUGUGAGCAGGAGGAUGUCACCCCGUGAGCCCAAGAUGCCCAACCAAAAUCUACUCAGAAACUUUGCCAAAUAUAAGAAAAUGUCUCUUGCCAAAUCUGAGAAACUUUGGCAGAAGCUCCCGGUAAAGGAGAAGGAACGUUACAAAGAACAGAUGUGUUUGAACUUGAAGCAAUACUCAGAAAAACUGCAAGCGUGGUUCAAGGAACUGACCCCAGAAGAGCAAAUGAAAUAUUUGAAACAAAAUCCCAAAAAAUUGCAGUUCCUCGAUGUCCCAAAAAAUCUGGUGAACGAGAGAGGAGAGCUAUGUUUGAGUCAACCUUCUGAUUCGGAGGACGAAGACAUCACAGAGAUCAGCAGUGAAGAUGAUAUUUGGUGCUCUUAUGAGGAUGAGAGUGAAGAGGACUGGAACAUGUUGGAGAUGCAUCGCUGAUGGAUAGAAUCAGAACCUUCACACUGCCACAGGCAAACUUAGAUGAACACUUUCAAAUCACCUGAAGAAAUGCUGCCUGCAAAGUUACAUCAUUUGUGUGGCAGAGAUGCUUCCCAAUGUUUACUGGUGCAGUUAAUGUAGCUACACCAAGAAUAUUUUCAUAGUUUUAGAGUGCAUUCCUGGGAGUAACCAUGUUACCAGUUUUGGUUCACCAUUUUUUGAAUAUUGACUGUCGAGAAGGAAAAUUACAGUAGAACAGAAACGAUCAUUUCCUCGUUCAUGCUGUGAUAAUUUUACAUUUUCCCAGGGCUGUUUUUUUGUUUUUUAGUUCAUUCGGCUCCUGGUUAAAAAGAUUUAAACUGUUUAAAAUUCAGAUUCAUCAAGGAGAAUUGGGAAUGUAAUUAAUGUAAAUUAGAAAUUCAGUUGUUGUUUUUGAACAUGUUAUACUAACGCAUGGGACAUGACAGGAAUGAUUUCAUUAAAGAAAUACUAAAAAAUUAA